AUGCAGCAGCUGCUGUACUAUGAAAUGCAGGUAAUCUUACCUGUUGGACUCAACAUUUAUAAUUAUAAAAUCAAUAGCAGGCUAUAUGCAAAUAAGGUACCUGUUAUCAGUUCAGCCAAGCAGCAUCUCUUAUUUGAAUCUACAGGAGAGGCAGAGGCAGUUUCGGCAUACGAUGAAAUUGACAUCAAAGAGGAACCAAUAUCAACUGAACCUGAACUACAACCAUUUGAACAGAUCUUCAUUAAAGAAGAGAAUAUUGAAUGUCUGCUAGAGGAAGAAACCACUUCCCCACAUGACGCAUCAUACACAAAAAAAGAACCCGUGCUCCAAAAUGACGUGGAGUCGACAAGCUAUGGCAGUGAACCAGAAAGUAGUAUCCCCGUUGGCACGGAAGACGACAAGGAAACGGAUGGCAGUUGCUGUUUGGCUAGCGGAGAUGGUGUGCCUACUGGACCGAGCAACACCGUACAAUGCAGCCCCAAUCAGGUAGCGUUCUGUGAACGCGACAAUGGUACGCUACAGAGUGUGCACAAUCUCGCCACCGCCAAGGAGACAACUGCACAGUUCCUGGGGCUGGCGGAGGACAAAGAAUUUCCGUAUUCGUGCAGUGUGUGCCACAAGACAUUCGUAAGCCGGGGCGGCUGGAAGAUCCACUCGCGCCGGCACACUGGCGAGCGCCCGUACAGUUGCGACGUCUGCCACGAGACCUUUCCGAGCAACGCCCACCUGAAGAGCCACUCGCGUCGGCACACCGGCGACGGCCCUCACGUCUGCCGAGUGUGCCACAAGGUGUUGUCGUGUGAGAGCAGCCUCAAGGUCCACUCGCGAGUGCACACGGGCGAGCGGCCGUACGUCUGCAGAGUGUGUCGCAAGGCAUUCGUGAGCAGCACCAACCUGAGGAAACACUCGCGCGUGCACACGGGGGAACACCCCUACUCCUGCGGAGUGUGCCACAAGGCGUUCGUAUGUGGCAGCAAUCUCAGGAGGCACGCGAGAGUGCACUCGGGCGAGCGCCCGUACACUUGUCAGGUCUGCCACAAGGCAUUCAACCAGAGUUCCAGCCUCAAGACUCACUCGCGCGUGCACUCGGGCUGACGCCCGUACGGCUGUCACGUGCUCCGUAGGACUUCGUACACCCACACGGAGUCGUGUGACUGCGACGCGUCUUAUGGCGCUCGUUGUAUCUAAUUAAUACUAGUAAACUACCUUUUUGCCCAUA